AUGACCUCUACAUCACUGACAGCAUGUGCACAGCAGAUUAUCUUCUACGAGGACAGAAACUUCGGAGGCCGUCGCUAUGAGUGCAUGAGCGACUGCGCUGACCUGCACUCCAUGUUCAACCGCUGCCAGUCAAUCAGGGUGGAGAGCGGCAUGUUCGUGAUCUACGAUCAUCCUGGCUUCAAUGGAAACCAGUACUUCAUCCGCAGGGGAGAUUACGCCGACUACAUGACCAUGAUGAACAUGAGCGACUGUGUCCGGUCCUGCCGUAUGAUCCCCCUGCACUGUGGCAACUUCCGGAUGAGGCUGUUCAAUCAUGUAGACAUGGAAGGUCAGAUGAUGGAGCUGAUGGACGACUGCCCCAACCUCAUGGAACGUUUCUGCACGUUUGACUUCAACUCUUGCAACGUGAUCGACGGCCACUGGCUGAUGUACGAGCAGCCCAACUACAGGGGACGUCACUACUACCUGCGAACCGGCGAGUACAGGAAGCACAGCGAGUGGGGAGCUGAGACCCCCAGGAUUGGCUCCAUCAGACGCAUCAUGGAUCUCUAA